GAAACGCCACAGGAUGACGGAAGCUGGACCUGUUUGUGUAGAUGUACAAAACGUUUCCGUUAGAUAUUCCAGUUUUCGUUAUUGUAUCACCAUACCGUCAUCGACAAUCCACAAAAGAGUUUCCAGCAAUGACAGAGUUGAUCAAACACAGAAAAUUGGUUUCUCUCGUUACCGGUUCGGUGUCGUCUGCAUUCAGUAUUGUGAAUGUCAUCGUUAUGGGAUUGAACAAUGACAUCACUCUGCAAGACAUCAUUGUAGACAACGAGGCAGCGUGUGUGAUAAAAUCAUCCUAUGGAAUGUACACAGUGGGGACGAUUGUUGAAACUGCUGUCACUGUAUUUGUUGGGCUCACCAUAUUCGUCGAAUUACUGAAAAAGGACUUCUACUACAUUAAUCUAAUCAGUCAUGCCAUUGCCUUUUUGGCUCUUGGUUCCGCGUCCAUUGUAUUUGGCGUAAAGCUGAACACCCGAAUCACGUGGUACUUUUGGCUCGGGUUGAUGGGUGGGGUUUUUGCCUUUGGAAAUUUUCUGUACUGGUUCUGCACUCAGAUGUUCCGCCGAUACUUAAAACGGCAUCACCCCGAGGACCCGAUAUUCAGUGUUGGGGGCGGUGGAGGAGACAAUCCAAGUUAUGACGAUGGUGGUGGUGAUGAUUACGGUGGUGAUGAUGAAAAUUAUGACUGAGGGGUGUGCUUACAUGUACAACUUUUACUACUGCUCUUUGUUUUCUUUUUUGUGUGAGUGUAUAAAAUUUAGAGUUAUGAGAUUUCCAUGAGUUCGUAUUGUAUACCUGUAUAAAAACUAAACUCGUUAUGUUUUAUCAUCGGUCUAAGUUUAAUAAAUUAUUACUACUCACAUACAG